AUGACACUCUCUGCAGCAAUAACUUCGUUGACAAUCAAGGGCCCCAAGCUAUGGCCUUUCGAAGACUAUCCAAGAGGAAUAGCGGGACAACAGUGGGUCCAACAUUUUACCACAGACGAUCACGUUCGCACGACCAGGGCACCUUCUACAUUCACUGUCGUCUUGAGGUAAUUCCGGCCGCUUCAACGGUUGCUUGGGCCAAUUCUCUUAUUCCUUCCGCAGAAACUUUGGACCGUGAAGCCAAAGCUCCAACUUGCAUAAGUCAGAACCUUUCGCCCCUCUGGACGCGAAGUCGGCAGGGUUCGCACAGGUGUCAACAUGUCGCCAUUGACGUGGUGUGGAAUCUUCUUGAUUCGUUACGAAUGUACUGCAAGACUACGGUAGAAUCUGUCCAGUAGAUUGUGUCGUGCAUUGACACUCUAGCUCGUUCCGAAUCAGACAAUACAAUUUCACGGCGACAACUACAGCUGCUAAUUCUAGACGCAGUAUGGACACCUCUUUAAAAGGAGUCACGCAAGAUUUGCCUAGAACAAAUGAACAAUGCUGGACACCUUUGUCGUAGGUAAUCUGGAGGUACGAUACUGUUCCGUAACCAUUUUCGGAUGCAUCUGAGAGAUGGUGUCACUAGACGUUGACGACUACACUGAAUCCUGGUGGUUUGAAACAUCUAGGAACAGAUAUUGUUCUCAAACAUGCAAGUACUUUCAGCCAUCCUUGCCAUAAGAUGAAAUCUUCAUGAGAAAUCUCUUCGUCCCGACUAUACUUUUGCAUGCAUAAGCUCUGCAGGAGGCUCUUGGCUAACAGAAUGAUAGGCGCGACGACAAGGUACACUCGACAUGAAGAUCGUCCAAAUCUAAGUUGACCACCGAGGGCGCUCUCUCCAUUACUGGAACUGUGGUGAUUACGUUCCUGUCGUUACUGAUCCAUUUGGUAAGUCGAAACCCUCCUCUUGACAGCAAUUCUCGAAACUGGCCAGACAAGCGUGCCACUUUGUCAGUCGUAGGGACUGACUUAAGGCAAUCGUCUUAAUAAAGGUUCCGGUUGACAGUGUUAAUGGUUUCCUCAUCAAAUUUGUCCAGAUUAUCCAAGUCUGUCUUUUUAAGACAAAAACUCGCGCAACUUGGAGAAGACGUGGCUCCAAAUGAGUGCACUAAUAUUUGAUGAUCAACUGGCUCUUUGGCGAGAUCGUUGUUUGGCCACCACAGGAAUCCGCGUAUGAGAAAGAAAAAAUGUUUACGGUUAUUUCUUCUCUCAAACACUUUAAUAUUUAGAUACCAAAUAAUCUUGAUACUGAAUAUCAUUGCACCCUAUUAUAAAAAAAAUUGCCCCUGAUUGCUUUGUCAACUUGAAUGUAUGAUGUAAUAUAGCUUGUGAUUUGUGGGAUUUUCACAAGUAUACUAGAAAUACCCAAAGAGGGUAAUGAUGUACUUAAUGCAAAGCAUUUUGGUACAAAGUCUGCUUUCUUCACCUUAGCCCUAACCGUAACCCUAUCCCAAACCCAGGGUAGGGAUUAGGAUUAGGGUUAGGGUUAGGGUUAGGGUUAGGGUUAGGGUUAGGAUAGCUUGCAGUUAGAGUCAGAGUUAGGACUUGGGUGCGGGUGGGAUUACGAUAAGGCUGAGGGUUUAAAUUUUUUUCUGAAAGCAUCCAAUUUCUGUUUUUUGGCAUUGUGUUCGGCUGUAAACUUAGCAACUACUUGAAAGUUUGCUUAAAAUCAAAAUAUACAAUUUUUUGCCAAAAUAACUUCCAAAAAAAAAAAAAACAAAAACGUAUUUUCAGCCCAAAUUGACAGCAAGGAUACACAAGAACAUUUGCUUAUUGCCUUAUUUGUUUUAUUGUCCUAACUUAUGAAUUUGAUUUUGGCAUUUCAAACAAAAACUCCGCUAGAGCAUUAAUUGAAUGACAUAUCAUGCACUUACUUAGGAGCAUCAACACUUUUGGAAUUCAGAAAAAUAACUUUUUACUGCGUUUAAGGAUCGCUGGAUAUAACCUGUACAACCAAGAUGAAUCUUCAUCCAUUAUUUGUCAUAACUUAUAUCAAACUAGAAAUUCAAGUAAUGAAAUGAGGGUACUAGCCCUUUAAUAGUGUUCAAAAUUUCCAUUUGCAGGGGUACCUGUUGCUACUGGAGAAGAAUCAUUCUUUAACCCUUGACCCCCCUAAGGGAGACAGUAAGUACAGAUAUCCUCUUCCCUAAGGGCAACUAGCUCAAAAGGGAGUGAUCUCAGGGACUCUUCGAAAAAGUUUUCUACAGCAAUAACUAAGCUCUACAGAAGCACACAAUGGAGACAAAAGUUGUAAGAGAAUCAAUGUAUUCUUUAAUUCUUGGUCCCUCCCAGGCCAACCUAUUGUACAAAUCUCAUGACAUCUGGCCCAGUUUCAUCAGUCAAUUUUUCAAGCUUCAAGCUUUUCCUGCAAUUAUGUACUUGUUCUUGAAGCUGACAAUUAACAAGGUUCCUGUAAAUUAAGUUUACAUGACCAACUAACAAUUUGUCUGAUAAAACCAAAGCUUGGUAUAGUUGAACAUUACUACUUUUAUUUUAAUAUUACUUUUCCAGCUGAUGUAUAUUAUUUGAAUUACAAGUCUUAUUCGCGUGUUAAAAUCACCUACGGACAAGGCAUACACUUUGUACCAAAAUUGCUUCACAUCAAGUACAUCAUCUAGUACAUCAUUACCAUCGUCAGGUAUUUCUAACUUACUUCUGAAAAUCACACAAAUCAUAAACUAUAUACAGCAUACAAUCAGCAGAAAAUUAUAAGAAAGGAAUGCAGUAAUCUUUAAUAAUAAGAUUACUAAGUAGCUAAAUAACAAAUAGCCCACUCAAACUGUGCUUGUAGCCGGAGAUUUGGCUGUCUACAACAAAAAUCUGCUGCUUACUUCACACUUGUUAGACUUCUAGUCUGGACAAGGUUCGGCCUCUACCUCCUAUUACUAAAACCAGCUUGCCUACUUCUCAUAAACAUAUUGACUAGGCUGAAAAAAAUGUUUGAGAGAAAAUUGGCCAUAGCAAGCCAACUUCCUGCGAAAUAAGAAACAUAAAACUAACACUUCAAACUAAAACAGAAUAUAAGCCCUGCAGGGUUUGGCUCUCGAUAAAAUUGUUCAAAUAGCCAAUCCAGAGUUUUACUGCUCACUCAAAAUGGGCUGACAGCCUGCGAUUUGGCCUCCUACAAUGAAGUACCUUCCGCUGCCUUCACACUUUUCAGACUGCUUUUCAGGAAGACGUUUGGCUUCUGCUGCCUAUAAUUACUACAGCCAGCUUGUCUACUACUCAAAAACAUUUCGAUUUGGCUGUGCAAGUCUUAUUAACAUAAUAAAAUCUGCAGCUAGAUUACAGUAAAGCAGACUUUGUACCAAAAUGCUUUGCAUUACCCUCUUUGGGUAUUUCUAGUUUACUUGUGAAAAUCCCACAAAUCACAAGCUAUAUUACAGGUUUACAGUCAAGUCGCCCGAGAGUCAUCUCGCCCGAAACCUGAGUUUUAGAGAUUAGGAUCAGAUAAUUGUACUCAACUGAAAACACGAAAUUUUGUUGAAGAAUACACCAAAACAUUUUUACUGUGCUCAAUCAAUAAGGGCGCCUCAGCCUCCCCUCCCCUUGUUGAUCUGUAAAGUCUAAGAAAUUUUUAAGAAGCUUAGUCGUUAUGUUUUAGAUCACGGUCUGGUUUCACUCGCUGACAAAUCAACACAAAUUCUUUCACGUAAUAUCCACCCAGCUCAAGUUCUGUUUUUCCCUUAAUUUCUCUAGUCUUCUGCAGAUUUAUUCGCCGCAAUGUUUGCUUAAAAUUUCUAAAAUCCACCAAGGCGCGAUCCCUUGAUUUACCAACACGUAGAAGUCUACCAAUUGUUUUUCCCAAGAGUCACCGCCUUUCAAACGGUAAGGGUUAUUUUAAGUGUUUUUCUGGGAGACUUAAGCCGUUCCAACCUUGACUAGUUGCGUUUGAAACGGUUUUCUCCAAGAGAGCACGACGUUCGUUGGUGCUCAGCACGAUUUACAUUACACGGACGGAGAUGUGCGAAGAACUUCAGCAUUAACUAUCUCUUGUUUUCAGAUUGAAAACUGGAAAUUUUGCUCCAAUUCAAGUGAUGACUGCGAGAGUGCUGAUCGAGGAGAAUUUAUAGAUGUCACUUUAGUCAUCAAAAGUAGAGGAAAACCAAAGUUUCGUUCCGAAGAAGAAAAAGAAAAGCUAUUAAACAAAGCUCGCGCCGGACGACACGGUGGACAUGGAGGAGGAGAGGGACAUAACCAUAACGGUGGAGAUGGAAAAGAAAAAGGUUCACAGGAAUACCAUCCCAGGUGCUUCAAAAGGGGGAAGUACAACAAAUGUCCCAAAGAGUUUGAUAUCGGAGGG